AUGCCAAAUUCUUUGGACUUGGACGUGGAUGUCGAUUGGCUAUACAAGGGGAAGAGGAAAGUGAGAUCUGCUAGGAGAGAAAAGGAAGAGCAGCAUCAGGGUUCUUCUUCUUCUGCGAAGGCUAGUGGGACAGCUAAUGCAUCUGAGAAUGAUAAGCCUCCUAACAAUGAAUCCCAGGGCUCGGGAUCACCUGCGCAGCCGCAUACUCGUCACAGGUCAAAAUCCCAGUCCAGUGCCACCUCGCCCUCUUCUCCGCUGACCAGCGCAGGCCUCGGCGCGAAUCUAAACUCGAGCUCGCAUAGUAGUACGCCGCCAUCCUCACGGCCCAGACACAACUCGAUUUCAGGCUCUCUUUCGCUACGAAGGACCAGCUCCAACUCCAGCGAAAAGCCGAAAAAAUCGCUAUUCGGAUCUUUGUUCAACAGGAAACCUGUCCAGCCACCUUCGCCUCCCGAACAACAACAACAACAGCAGCAGCAGCAUCAACAACAUCAACAACAUUCAACAGUGGUAACAGAGGAUAGUCAUGGAGGAUCUGCCGCGGCGUCAAUUCCCUCAACAUCCGGCGGAACCGCCGGCCAAUCUAAAGGUGUGCCUAUCCCUGUAUCUGCAUCCCAAAUUGCAUCGCAUAGGCAACAAUUCUCACAGUUCCUCAAGGAACCUAACUCCCCAGAGAUUAAGGACAUUGCCCCUAUUCAAUCUGAGCGCGUGGUGCUAAACAGGAACAAAAAUAAGAGUCCCUUGCCCAUCAAGGAAUUAUCCACCAUCAAAAUGAAAAGAGUUACCUUCGCAGUGGAUAAAUUCGGUAUGGACCCACCACAGCAAAUUCCUUCCAGGAAACCAAAACUGGGGAACGUUCUGGUUCCUGAUGAUUUAAUCAGCGAUAUUCCUUCCAUCUCUCAAGGUAUCACAACUAGCUCACAAACUGCAGAAUCGAGCGGUGGGAAUAGCACCACAGCGCCACCUACUUUUACAAAGAAUUCAAGAGAAUAUCUACAAGCGCUCGAAAACCAUAAAAAGAGUCUCAAAGAAUCGGAAAAGCAUCAGCAAGAAGCCCAUUAUGCUGCUCAACGUAUCGCAUCCGAAGUGGCUUCGUUCAAACUGAGGAACGUGUCAUCAGAUCCAAAGAGCACUCUCUCUAGGUCUAAUUCGUCAAAUGCUCUGAAACGGACAACCACCGCAGAAGAUGAAGCUGGGACAGAAUUAGAUGAAAAUAUCAAGAAAUUGGAAAUCGAUAAACCUAUCCAUAUGCAUGAACAUCAUUUUGAUGACGAACCUAAUGGAGGUGAAUCAACAUCUUCGGGGGCUGAUCCAAAUUCUUCCACCAAUGAGCUUAUGUUAGACGUCAUAUACACAAGAUGCUGCCAUUUACGUGAGAUUUUACCUAUUCCUUCCACCCUAAGACAGCUAAAGGAUAAAACAGCACCUUUACAGACGUUAAAGUUUUUGAACCCAAGGCCAACACUUAUUGAUAUCCUCUCAUUUAGUGACUUUAUUUCAAUUGUUCCAAUUCACAAUGUUGUAUUUGAUAAUGUUGGAUUGACACCUGAAAUGUUCAAAAUCGUCAUUUCAUCUUUGGUUAGAAGUAAAGCACUAGAUAGGCUAUCCAUGCGAAAUGUAGUUAUCGAUGAAAAUGGAUGGAAGCUUUUGUGUAAAUUUUUGAUGAGAAAUGAUUCUAUCAUAAAAUUGGACAUUUCUCAAACAAAAAUAAGGCAUGACUUGGACCCCAGACUCCACAGAUCGCAAAUGGACUGGUAUCUAUUCAUCGAUGUAUUACAGAAAAGAAAGGGGAAACCUUUGGAGGAAUUACUUAUUAAUGGGAUAUCUUUCAAUAACAACUUGCCAACGUUUGAAGGUUUGAUAUACUCCUUUUCUUCCAGCACGAAUAGAAACUCCCGCAAACUCAAAUUGGGCAUUGCGCAAUCUCAUAUCUCAGUGCCAGAACAAAUUGAAAUACUAUUUAGAUGGAUGUCUGAGAAAGAAAUAAUGGGUGUUGAUUUGGCAUUUAAUGAUUUUGAGCAUUUAACGAAACCUAUUAUCAAAGAGCUCAGUAGACGUAAUUUUGAUUCAUUACAGUACUUCACAUUAAACUCUACGAAUAUUCAAUCUGUGCAAGAAGCAGCAUUGAUUAUAAGAGAACUUUCGAAAUUACCACAAUUGUACUUUUUGGAUUUAUCUGGGUUACCAUCUUUGUUCCCUGCUAUCUUUCCUUAUUUGAACAAAUAUUUACCACGUUUUCCAGCUUUAAAGAGAAUACAUUUCGACUCGAAUGAAUGGAGCUAUAAGGAUAUCUCCCUAAUAUCACAGAUCUUACCAAAAUGUAAAGAAUUACUCCACGUUUCUAUGAUGAACCAACCUCAAGAAUCAUGGGUAAUGAGCACAGCAGUUUUCCUUUACGAUUGUAUUAAAAAUAGUGAAAAAUUGAUAAACUUGGACUUCAACUACGAGAAUAUACCAGAAGAGAUUAAUUCUAGAAUUGCAAUAGCUUUGGUGAGAAAUGCUCAAAAAUCAAUCGAUUCUAAUUGGCAACUAGACGAACUUUCAUCGCAGGACGAUCUACUAUUCGAUGGUGAAUUGAUAAGUGAAACCGCUGGUAACAUUUUAGAUAAGUUUAAUGACUCGGCAAAAUUAAAAGAAGACUCUACUAAGAGAUAUUUAUUGAAGAGAUAUUGGGAAAAGAUUAAUAAGAUUCACGCUAAUGUUCAAAAGACUAUAGAUGAUAUGUUUGAGCAAAGAGCUUCUAAAGAAUUAUCUCUACAAAGUAAGGAAAAUUUGUUAAGACUAUUAUUCAUGGAAAAAACCUUGGCAAAUAUUCUCGAAUAUUUAUCAACUAAUCCAUAUAUUAAGGGAUUAGAGGAACAAAAGGCUUCGGAAGACGAUACAAACUCUUUCAUGGAUGAAAAACCGGUUUUGAAACAUAUGGACUCUGCAAGGCUAACUUAUGAUGAAUCAUCUGUCUAUCCACAAGAUCCCGAUAUGAUUCAAGACCAGGACCCAAAUAAUUCGAAGCCUCACUUAAUGGCCACAGAUUCUGGUAGAACUAUUGAUGUGACCACCGGUAGACCAAUCUUGACCAAAACCAGUUCUGAGCGCUCGUUAUUUGGUAAAAAGCAGGAAGAAGAAGAAGGUGAAUUGCAUAAAUGGGGAUUCUUUAUUCAACAGCAACGCUCAAUUUAUCCGGAAAAUACACCAAUGUCAAAAUAUCAGCAGCAACAGCAGCAACAAGCAAAAGAGUCAAAGGAAACAAAGGAAACUAAGGAAGCAAGAGAAAAGGUUAUGUCUCAAACACCUAGACGUCCUUCAUCACACUCCGACUCAAUAUCUUCCAGCGUCACUAACGCUUCUUCUUCGAGCAAAUUACCAGUAACGUCAAAGAUAAUUCCUAAAAUUCCUUCAGGAGCAGAGCUCAGGGAAGCAAUUAUUAAAGCAAAGGGUAUCAAUUCAAUAGAGGAUUUAAUUGACAACGUUAGUUGUCAAAGGGUCAAAUUGGAUAAUAUUUAUGGUAUUCAAGUGGAAGCACCGAUCGAUGGAAAAGCAUCAGCUACCACUCCUUCAUCGAAAUUUUCCCAAGGUCAGCAUUUGACAAAGGAUUCUAAAGCUUCGCAAUCAGACACUGCAUACGUAUCAGAAAGUGAAGAUAGUUUUGCAGGGGAUGAUGAUGAUGAUGAUGGAGUAUCAGGAAACCAAAUUAAUGUUGAUGAAACUUACGACAAAUUGUUGAACAAUUUGAGCCGUGUUAGGUCCAACAGAGGAUCAUGA